CUCAUGCUAGCUAGAUCAUGAUCACUCACAGAGCUAGGGCUAACAUAGUUAACAAAAUUCCCCCCUGUUAGGUUCCACCCUGUUAGGUGUGUACAGCUAACAGGGUGGAAAUAUUGUUAGAAAAUGUAGUAACAUAAUAAGUUGCAUACAAUAUUUGUCAUGUAUUUGCAACAAGGGACAUAUAAUGGACAAGAAAAGGUAAAUAUUGUUAUGCCUUUACAUUUUUAAACUUUGUGAUUGUUAUUCAUAUGUCUUAACAGGGUGGAAUAAUGUAAUGGUCCAUGUCUGAACGAAAUGCCCAUAAUUAUAGGAUUUAAGUGCAUGAGCUUGGCCAAUAUGUUUUCCAAACAGUUAAACAUAUCUCUUUCCUGAUUAAAUGUUAAAAACAUGAAAAAUAAAUAAUUUUGUUUUCAGAAGUUACCAGGUCCAAAAGGCACCGGUUAACAGGAUUGACCCAACCGCUUUCAGUAACGCAAUAUUCAAAGAGUUAGCUAGCUCUAGUUUAGCAGUUAUCGGCGUGAAUGAGUUUGCUCAUGGGUGUUUAAAACAAUCAGCGGACGUCAUCUACCACGUGAUGGUUAUCGAUUAUGUCCUAGCUCAACACGCUUUUUCAAAAUUGCGUUUCGCUUUUGGAUCACAUGCAAACUUCAAUACCAUAGACAAAUCUGAUGAACGCAGCUAAGAUUGAAGGGAGGAUAUUGUGGACAAUUGUUGGGACUCAUACAAAUUGAAAUCGAAAAUAGCACCGGACGGUAGGAAACAUGCCGAUUUCUGAGGAUCUGUCACAUCAAGAUCGAGUCCAUGCUAUAACAGCCUAUUCAAUGUCAAGGUUAUCGUUUGGUUGGAGAAAAGAAAGAUACUGACAGAAAUUGAGAACAAAAUGAGAUUACUGGAGGAUGAUAAAAGAAAUCUGCAGUAUCUCAAGUCAAAGACUCUUAGGGAACGAUGGCUGAUGGACGUGGUGCAACCGGAGCAAGAAGAGGUGAAAAAUAUGCUGCACCUGGAUGAGACAAGGGUCAAGGAGCUUGAGGAGGGCAUCAUUAGACUGAAGCAGGAAUUGGAGGAACUGGAGUUUGGUGGUUCUGCAACCUCAACUCAAGAUAUCAUGUCAGAUGAAACACCAGAAGAGGACAUCAAGACGACAUUUACAAAAGCACCAGCUAGUUCCAUGAAAGUGGCACCCCAGUGGUGGAAUCAACUCCCCACCUCCAUCAGAGACACGGACUGUCCCUCCACCUUCAAGAGAAGGCUCAAGACGCACUUCCGGGAGUACAAUGCCACACAGCCAAAUCAUUUGACAGAUAUCAAAGCUCAAAACAGCUCUUGUCUGGACAAAUACAAAGGUGCCUCAGAGACCAUGAUGAAAGCGAUGUACUCUGUGGAAAUCACGGUUGAGAGGGACAAAGUUACGGGUGAAACUAGAGUGUUGUCGACCAACACACUACUGCCUGUUGAUCUCUCCCAAGGAGUGAAGGUAUAUGAGGAUGAGCAAAAAGUGGUGCACAAGAUGAAUGACGAAAACAAGCAAGUCCACCUGCUUAGCUCUUCAGAGGUGGAAGAGCUUAUUCACAAAGCUGACGAGGUCUCCUUGAUUUCUGAACCUGCCAAAAAUACAAUUAUUCCAGUCCCAAAAACAGAGGACCAUGAUUGUUCUUCUGAGCAGCACACAAGACCCAAGACUGUGAUCACUGGAAUAGAGGCUAAGUCUGGAAAUACAAGUCCCCAGCCUGGCACUGAAGUUAACAUUCCAGCAGCCAGUUCAGACAAUCCUGUCACCAUGGUGUUCAUGGGAUUUCAGAAUGUAGAAGAUGAGGCAGAGACAAAGAAGUUUCUCGGGCUGCAGGGCACUGUCGAGGCUGAGCUAGUGGUCAUCAAUGAUGACGCUGGCAAAACCUUGGCCGUUGCUCCAAAAGGCAGUGCGGGGCAAGAGCAGUCUGUACCAUCUAGCAACUGCACCACACCCACCGACACAGCAGAAGCAACUCUAGCAAAUGGGGAGGAUGGAAAACCACAGGAAGGCACUUGCCAGAGCAACAAGGAAAAGCCAUGCAAGUGCUGCACCAUCAUGUGAGUCUACUUGGUAAAAAAAUAAAAAGACAUCAUAAAAGUACAACUGCAGCCAAAACUACAUGCAAAUGUACCCUUACCCCCAUUGUUUCAUACCCUGACAAUAAAGGCAAACAUCUACUGUACAUUUUAGUUUUAAACUCAAUAUCUCAUCUGUAUUUAGUUUACUUUUAUUUUAAUAUUGUCCUUUUGUCAUGAUUUGACUUUCUCCCUGCCUUUCCCGUCACACUGUACUGAAAAAAUAUAUAAAAUAUCUUCAAAAAAGAAAAUGAUACAUUGUUUAUUGUCUAACAAAUAUGGUUUCAUUCUCAGUCAUACGUUUUGCACUCUUCUUUAUCACUUGAACAUUUGUACACACACAUACAGUGUAUAUAAGAAUAUAGACAUAACUUAAGUAGCAGUUACUUCUCUGUGUCUUCUUCGGUAUGCCUUUACCAGCAUCACACACUGGGACAGCUUGACACAUUGGCUCCUAGUACUCCUUGCACAACCUCUCAAGCUGUCAGAAUGGAAGGUGUGGACAAAGUUUCAUCAAGAAAUCAACAGAUUUCUUCUGGCAUUCCAAGUCUGGGCUUUGGCUAGGCCAUUUUGGCUAGCACCAAAUCAAAUCAAAU